AUGGCCUUCCGCUUCGCUAUCCUGGCUCUUGCGGCCGUCUCUUCGGUCAUGGCCCAGUCGGGGUCCGGUGAUGUCACCAGCGACGUCGCUACUGCCACCGCCACCGGCUCUGGUUCCGUUGUUUCGACGACGGUGACAAGCAGCUCUGCCAGCAUGUCGAGCAGCGCUGCGGGGACCAGCAGCUCCACGAUGGUCAUGUCGAGCAGCGGAAGCAGCACCACCGUGACGACUGCGGCCUCGUCGUCGAUGCCGCCGUCGUCCAGCAUGGUGGUCACGACGUCGUCGACGCCCGGGGGUGGCAACGUCACGCAGACUUCCAAGCCUUCUCAGAGCACCAGCAUUCCCGUUUCCGGGGCUUCCUGGAGCGAGGUCCAUGCUUCCCUGAUCGCCGGUCUGCUGGCUUUGGGCAUUGCCUUUCAGUACUAG